AUGGAUGCUGCUGAAAAGUCUUUUGUGAAAUCAUUUAACUUGAACUAUGGUUUUCGUUACGAAAACAGGAAAUUUGUGCCAUCUCGUUCGAUUAUUGAUGAUGGUGAACUAACAUUAGAAAAAUACACCGGAGAAUUAUUGAUUUAUCAAAAGACUCAAGUUGAUGUAGAAACAUCUAAAACUAUGUGGGAACUUUUUGAAAUAACCUUUUCUACUUUAAUUGAACCUCAAAAUAUUCAAGAACAGAAAUCCAAAAUUUCGGAAAGUGAUGUCUUAAUACUAAUUCCUAUUUUAAAAGCUACGUAUAUUGGUAAACCUAUCACUUCUUUUCAGCCAGCCUUAAAUGGAGAAUUUCUUUUUGAAAUAGUAUUAGUCGGAGGUGCUCUAGUUAUAAAAAAUAUUUCUGAAUUUUCAGAUGAUUCUUUGAAUCAAUUAAAAGCACGAAUCUCAUGGGCUAUCAAUGAAUUUCGUUUGGGUCAUAAGAAUUUAUUUAAGGAAUCAAAAAUAGAUUUGAGAUUGCCUUCUAUUGAAGACUUGACUGGUAAUAAAUUGAAUGACAUGGAAACAUUGUGCAACUAUGUUCAACAAUUAUAUGAAUUUAAAAUUAGUUCUGUGAUUGCUUAUGAAAAGGUGGUACCUUCUUAUGCUCGUCUAGAUGCUAAGAAGCGGCAAGAAAUUUGUAUGCCAGAGUCAAUUCCGGAAUGCUUUGACGAACGUCUUGUACCGGAUAUUUCAGCUUAUCAUAUUAUCACGAAAGAUUGGUUAGGGAGUAAUAAUAUAUAUAUGCAAAUUCCAAAGUGGAUCAAACAAUUCAAAUUAGAACAUGGCUUGGUGAUUAACUCAGAUUUGUUUAUUCCCAGUGUUAAGCCUGCUAUAGAAUUAAUAUCUGAGCCCUCAAUCAAACCACGCAACUCAUCUAUAAUGUUAAGUAUUUCAUACGUAGAAACGCAAAAAGAUUUGUUCUAUAAAACCAAUUACAUCGAUAUUCUUAGCACUUCUCCGAACUUAUUGGAUAGUAUUCCAUUUGUGGACACUACUAUUGACACCUCACCCACAAAUACCAUUUUUUGCGACGUAAUAUAUGAACAAAUCUUGUUGACUAUUACUAAAGACAAGGUUAGACCUUCUAAGCAGCUUGAAGCCGCUAUUACAGGAGCGGUAAAAAAAGAAAAUCCAUAUAAUGAUUUAGAAGAAAUCUUUAAAGAAUAUGGACAAGUUUUUUGUUUAAAAUUUAUAAUGGGGGAAAGAAUAACCAAGGCAACCGGAUAUUCAAGUUUUAAGCAGGAAGAUUUCGGAAAAAUAGUGAGCAACGGAUUUAAAGAACUAACAAAUUGUCAUGAAAUUUUGGCUGAAUGGAAAGAACUUAAUCAACGCGAGAUGGAUUCGGCAAGGUUUUAUUCGUCCAAUAGUGACUCAAUUGUUAAUCUUAACAAUAUAAAUAAUAUUGAUCGGUAUCUAAAUACUGUUCCUAAAAACCCAAAUUUGUGGAAAGUCAUUAACCGCCUAGAAAUAAUACCUUUAUAUAAACUUAUUAAAGAUAAUAAUGUUCAGAAAGAAAUAGAAAUUUUACUAAGCGAUAAAGAGCAAGCUUUAGCUGAUGGUUAUUUUAUACUCGAAAAUAAUAAAAUUCGAUGUUGCACUGUAAGCUUUGGAUUUCUUCUAAAAAGUGAUAAUUAUCAAGUUAUUGGUUCGAUAGUUUCAAAUAAUUUAAAGAGAAUGGAUUUAAAUUUAAGGUUCAAAAUGCUGACAGUUUCAGGAUUUUCUAUUGUUAUUGAGGAUAUUGAUAACAAAGAGAUAUUAAAAGAAACAACUGAAGAUGAUUUAACCAUUCAUUGGUUAUUGAUCGGAAAACCGUUGUAUGUCAAAUACUUUAGCAAAAAAACCAGAAAUACGCGAAUUUUGACUGGCACAAUCGGCAUUACACUUUCAUGUAAACAAAAACUGUAUGUGAUUGAUAUAAAGGAUGAAAUGGAUAAGGUGGGAUUGUUCUCACUGUCACCAGAAUAUAUGAUCGCAACCUCCUUUAAAUUUCUUUCACCAAAUAUGAGUCCUAAAUUCCAAGUAGCCCUACAUUCAUGGGCAAAAACGAAAAUCUGCUUAGAGAUUACUAACCAUUCUUUCGAAGAAAUAAAUUCGUUAUUUGAAGAUGAUCUAAAAUCCAUGCAAAAUUCAUGUUGCUUAACUUGGUAUGUCAUAUCUACGGCACAUCAAAUUUCUUGGGAACACAUAGGUCACUAUCUCAAAAAAGAAAAACAAGCACCGAACGUUGAUUCUUUUAAAUUACCGAACACUUAUCCAGAUGGUAGAGAUGUAUUAAAACCUGGAGGAUUAACAUCAUAUAUGCUAAAACAUUAUGAAGAAUCACUUGCAGAUUUAAAAGACAGUGAUGUCAUUGAAUUUGAAUAUUCUUAUGAAAAUAGGAAAGAGGUUGGAAGGGGCGCAUUUAGUGUUGUUUAUUCGGCGGUAUAUUAUGGGGAAAGGUUUGCAUUGAAAAGUUUUAAUGAUAACGGAAUAAAUAAAGAAGCAACAAAGGAAUUUAUUAAAGAGUUUAAAAACUUGCAUGUUAUUAAUUCGCAUCCUAAUAUCAAUAAAUUCCUUGGAAUAACACGCGAUCCUGAAACAAACAAAUUCAUGCUGGUACUACAAUUUGCCAAUGGAGGGAACCUUCGGCAAUAUUUAAUGAAGAAAUGGAACAAUG